AUGCCCUACUCCUUGUCAGGUCGCAAUGUCUUGAUCACCGGUGGCUCUCGAGGGCUAGGUGCUCUUUCAGCCGAGAAAUUCGCCUCCGAGGGAAGCAACGUUGCUAUCAACUAUAUGUCCAACAAGGAGGCUGCGGAUAAGCUUGCCUCGGACAUUGCAACCAAAUAUGGUGUAAAGACAGUGGUUAUUCAAGGCGAUGCUGGAGUCAAAGAUGACUGCAUCAAUGCUGUCAAAACCACAAUCGAGAAGCUGGGUGGCUUGGAUAUUAUUAUCUCAAAUGCCGGAUGGACAAAAAUGACCAACUUCGGUGAUCUUGAUGCCAUGGACGACGAUGACUGGGAUAAGUGCUGGUCGGUCAAUGUCAAGAGCAGCUUUUACCUGUUCAAGGCAGCUUUGCCCACGUUCAAUGCGAACCCUGAAGGUGGUGUUUUCCUCAUCACAGCCUCAAUUGCGGGCGCCACGCCAAGUGGAAGCAGCUUGCCUUACGCUGUCUCGAAAGCCGCAUCUAUCCAUCUUAUGAAAUGUCUUGCUAAGAGCCAGGGCGCGAAAAUUCGCGUCAAUGCUAUUCUUCCUGGUCUGUUGCUCACUGAAUGGGGUCAACGCUUCCCGUCCGAUAAAAUCGAGAGCUGGACAAAUGCGACAACCCUCAAGCGAGCGCCCGAGGUGGAAGACUGCGCGGACAUGUUUAUUACCUUGGCCAAGAAUGCCUCUAUAACCGGUCAAACGGUUCAAAUUGAUUCUGGCUUCGGGAUCUAA